GAAGAGAAGGAAAGUGGGAUAGCUCCAGAGAUGAGUGAGGUCGAGAAAGCGUUGGAGGCACUAAUUGAAAAAGAGGAUGCUGCUGAAGAGCUUCGUCAAGAGGGAAAAUCAAGAAAAGUUGCGAUUGAAGCUCCCAGAAUGAAUGCAGAAGAUAUAAGGAAGAAAGCCAUGGAGAAUCUUGGGGAAACACAAAAAAGAAAGAGUGUAGGAAUUGGAGUGACACCAGCAAAGAAGAAGAGAAGCAAUGGUAGUGAUACUGUGAAUUACUUGCGGGAAAAGCACGAGAAGAUGUUGGAGGUGGAAAAGAAUAAGCUGACAAUGGAGGAGAAGAGAAUGGAGGCGGCAAGUAAGAGACAUGACUAA